AUGGGAAAUCAGAAUUUUAAUAGAAACAAUGGGGCAUUCUCAAACUCUUACAAUCAAUCUUGGAAGAAUCAUCCUAAUUUGUCUUGGGGAGGUCAAGGAGCAAGCUCAAGUACCGCACCAGCCCAAGGAAGACAAGCAUAUCCACCGGGUUUUUCACAACAACCGCGACAUCCACAACAUGCUCAAAAUUCCCAACCAAGCUCUUUGGAGAGUCUAAUGCGGGAUUAUAUGGCCAAAAAUGAUGCGGUGAUACAAAGUCAAGCUGCCUCUCUUCGAAACUUAGAGUUGCAACUUGGACAUUUGGCCAAUGAAUUAAAAGCUAGGUCGCAAGGUUCUUUGCCUAGCGACACGGAAAAUCCAAAGAGGGAUGGAAAGGAGCAAUGCAAAUCCAUUCACUUGAGGAGUGGCAAGCAUCUGAAAAAUUCCGAGGAGGAAAUAAAGGGUAGUGGGGAGCCCACUUCAAUCCAAAAUGACGAAAAAUUGAGUAAAAAAACUGCCCAGGAAAUUGCUGAUACCAGACCAGUUGAUACAGCAUCGGGUCAGCAACCUGACAGUCAGCAAUCCGCACCAGUAUGUACUAAACCACCCCUUCCAUUUCCUCAAAGAUUUCGGAAACAGCAGCAAGAUGGGCAAUUCAAGAAGUUUUUAGAUGUGUUGAAGCAGCUCCAUAUCAAUAUUCCCUUGGUGGAAGCAUUAGAGCAAAUGCCGAACUAUGUCAAGUUCUUAAAAGACAUUUUGACGAAGAAAAGGAGGUUGGGGGAGUUUGAAACUGUAGCUCUUACCGAAGGAUGCAGCGCCAUGUUGAAAAGUAAGAUUCCACCGAAGUUGAAGGAUCCGGGUAGUUUUACAAUCCCUUGUUCUAUUGGGGGGCGGGAUGUUGGAAGAGCUUUAUGUGAUUUGGGUGCAAGCAUCAACCUCAUGCCUAUGUCGAUCUUUAAGAAGUUAGGUAUUGGUGAAGCACGUCCUACAACUGUUACAUUGCAACUUGCUGACAGGUCCAUGGCCCAUCCGGAAGGAAAAAUAGAAGAUGUUCUAGUACAGGUUGACAAGUUCAUUUUUCCAGCUGAUUUCAUCAUCCUAGACUAUGAAGCUGAUAGAGAUGUGCCUAUUAUCUUGGGUCGACCAUUCCUUGCUACCGGGAGAACUCUGAUUGAUGUGCAAAAUGGGGAGCUCACAAUGAGGGUGAAUGACCAAAAAGUCACCUUUAAUGUGUUCAAUGCUAUGAGAUUUCCGGAUGAGAUAGAAGAGUGCUCCCGCAUAAGUGUAAUUGACUCGAUAUUGGCUGAAAAAUUUCACAAGGAAGCUUGGAAGGAUGAGAAAUUUAUAAGUUCUUUUGAUGAGCUUGAAGACUUGAGUGAAGAUGAAGACAACCAAGUUGCUUGGGUGGAGCCAUUGCAACCUAUUCCUAACUUCAAGAAGCCCUUUGAAUCUUUGGAGUUGAAGGAAAGUAAUUUUAAGCCUCCAAAACCCUCCAUCCAAGAACCACCGAAGUUGGAGUUGAAACCCUUGCCAAGCCAUCUGAAGUAUGCCUAUUUGGGGGAGAAUGACACGCUACCAGUUAUUAUAGCAUCAAACUUGGUAGUUGAAGAUGAAGGUGCCUUGCUAGAGGUGUUAAAAAAGCAUAAGAAAGCAAUCGGGUGGACUAUGGCAGACAUAAGGGGUAUUAGUCCCACUAGAGAAAGAAGUGCCUUUGCGACGAUCCACUAG